AACAACAAAGCCAACUAUGAUUCUCAUUCUUCACAGAAAUACAGAGAGAAAGAGAAGAUUACUUACCUGCUCUUGAGAGGAAGACAUUAUAGCUAUGGCUUGGAAUGAGACCAAACUCAAGAGGCUCUAUCAAGUUUGGAGGGGAAGCAAUAAAUUUCUAUGUGGCGGGAGGUUAAUCUUUGGUCCAGAUGCAUCAUCUCUAUAUCUAUCAACCAUCUUGAUCCUUGGUCCCGCCGUAAUGUUCUUUGUCAAAAUGUACACUAAAAUGGCUGAUCCUCGUACCAAGAAUCCAAAUCUUUGUAUUCCAAUUCUCUGUGUGUCUUGGAUACUCACCAUUUUGGAUAUAUUUUUCCUCUUAAUGACAUCUAGUAGAGAUCCCGGGAUUGUGCCAAGAAGUUUAAGGCCUCCGGAAACAGAUGAUGCACCGGAUUCAACUACUCCGUCCAUGGAAUGGGUUAGCGGUAGAACCCCAAAUAUAAGAAUACCGAGGGUUAAAGAUGUAACCGUUAAUGGACAUACCGUAAAAGUGAAAUUCUGUGACACUUGUUUGCUUUACCGUCCACCUAGAGCUUCUCAUUGUUCCAUAUGCAACAACUGUGUCCAGAGAUUCGACCAUCACUGCCCUUGGGUUGGCCAGUGCAUUGGAGUACGAAAUUACCGGUUCUUCUUCAUGUUCAUAUCAACAUCUACCACUCUGUGCAUAUAUGUGUUUGCUUUUUCUUGGUUGAACAUAUUUCAAAGACAUAUGGAUGAAAAGAUUAGCAUCUGGAAAGCUAUAUCCAAAGAUGUUCUAUCAGAUAUUCUCAUAGUUUACUGCUUCAUUACUGUUUGGUUUGUUGGAGGACUCACUAUAUUUCAUUCCUAUCUCAUCUGCACUAACCAGACCACUUAUGAGAAUUUCCGAUACCGUUAUGAUAAGAAGGAGAAUCCAUACAACAAGGGAAUUUUUGGGAACAUAUGGGAAAUAUUUCUAUCUAAGAUUCCACCAUCAAUGAACAAGUUUAGAUCAUUUGUGAAGGAAGAAGAUUAUAUGAUGAUGGUUGAAACUCCUACUUCAAAUCUUGGUGAAAGUCUAGUUAGCUCGAAAGAGAAGAUCGAUAUCGAAAUGGGAGGAGGAAGGAUUGUUGAUGAGAGUGGAAAGAGUUACUCUCUGCCUGAGAUUCUCCGGAAUCUAAACUAUGAAGAUCUCGAGGAUGAUUGUGAGGAAGAUGACUUGAAGGCUAAGGAUCAUCACCACCAUCAUCACCAUCAACAUAAUGAGGGAAUCAUCCCUCCUUUUGACCCUUUUUUUACCAAUAAGAAUGGUAGUAACAAAGAUGACAGAAAUGGAGAAGAAUCAGGAGGAUCUUCAAGUGAUGAUGAAGAUGCAGGGAAACGCGUUCGGGUUGAAGAUGAAGAGAAAGUUGAAGGGUAUGAACGAAAUUGGAAUACAGAUAAAGGUAUGAAUAUAAACGCAGGAUCUGAAGAUGGAACAAGCUCUCCUGUAUCCACUUCACCAAUGCUUCGUAAAUAGAGAGAAGGAAGGACUUGAAAAGCUGGAGAAAUGGAGUUUGUGCUUUAUCAUUCUUUUAAUUGUGUUUCAUAUAAUUGUGGAAAAAAAAAAAUCCGAGAAAUAACAAUCAUCUAGGACU